AAUUAGAGUUUGCCAUUACAUUUAGGAAGUAAGAUUCUUCUUCCGUUAUAUUAUUUAGUCUCUUAUUCCUUUUAAUAUUUUAAUUAAAAAAACUGAACAUUUUAAGGACUAAGGAUAAAAAUGGCAACAGAAAUAGAGCGGGUGAGUUAAUUCUUCUUUUUUAUAUGACUUAAAUUUACCGACUUAAAUACAUAGGACUUAUCAUAAUUAAAAUUACGUAAACUUACAAUCGAUUUUGAAAUUUUUUUAUGGGGUGGGGGGGGGGUGUGGAGUAAAAUUAAAUUUAAAAAGAAUAGAGAAAAAGCCCUGCCGGUGAAAUCUAACUAAAAUAACUGAAAAUAUACUUAUUGUGCCUACUAUUCAUAAUAUAGGUUGCCUAAACUUAUUGCAGGUCUCCUAGACUAGUAGUUAGUAGACCCAAUACUGCGGCAAUUUAUUGCCAUUUUCAAAGAUUUCAUUUAGUAAUUUAGUAACCGUAAUUUGCCGUAAAUCCAACCCACAGAGGGCAGAAAGAAAACGCGGUGACUCUGCCGCAGCGGCACGUAAAACUAAAGAAUGUUGUUGCAUGGUGGGGGUGGGGGGGAUAGGGUGUGUAGUUGAAGGCUUGUUUGAUGUUGAACAUCCCUCAGCAGGAGUGAGAGCAACCAGGUGUGAGUCACUGUGAACUGUGCUGUAAACUGGGACGCUCGACAAAGGCUGCCAUCUUAAUUUGUAUUCUGUAAAUUACUAACCUAAACUUUAAUCCUGUUGACAGCAGUGCUGUGUAAUUUGACAUUUUUAAAAGUAAUUUUUAAAAUAACAAAUUGAAUAAAUUAAGGCUUAAAUUAAUUAUUUACAUAUUAUUACUUAUUAUUUAAAUCACAAAUAUUUUAGUAUUUUUAUUUUGUAAAUGAUUGUUUGUAAGUAUUCAAUUAGACAAAUAGCUAUAAUGAAAUAGAUUUAGUUAGCCUACAACUACAAGUUAACUGACUUAGUCUUAAAUAAGUUAAGACUUAACUCUUACUCUUAUUAAUAUUAAACUAGCAGUAUAGGAUUAGCUGAAUCAUUUUCAUGCCUUGCCUUAGUAAUUAGGCCUAAAAAGGCAGGGUGUAAGGCUAGAACUAUUAUGAACUAGGCUUAAAAGUGCCUUAAACUUUAAGGCUAAGCUACGCCUGAUGAGGAAUGUAAAUUAGAAAUUAAGUCAAAUUAGUCUAUGCCUACGACUAUAUAUGACUAUACUAUAGUCUAUAGACUACUACUAUGACUGUUGUCUAUUAAUAUAGUGUUCACAUGCAUAGACUAAAUUUAGAUUAAAGUCUAUACUUUAGAGUCUAGGCUAUAUUAUUAUUGCACCAGAAAUGUAUAGUUAUAGUAGUAAAAAAAUGCAGAACUGUAGACUGUAGGUUAAGUAAGUAGGCCAUAUUAUUGUGUUAGGCCAAAUAUUUUACAGUGAAUUGACACUACCAGUAGUAAUCAUAUGACUAUGCAUUAGUUAAAGUUAUGCAUAGGCUAAUACUACUAUGGAUAAUAGACAUAUAUAAUAUUAUUAUGAGACUAGGUAGGUGACUAGACCAAGCUAAACAAAUAAUUUAAAUAACUCAAAAGAAAAUAUAGCUUAAUUUUACUUCUAUUCAUAUUAAUUAGCCUAAGAAAGGCUUUGACUUAUUAAUGAGUAUUAUAUUUAUGUACAAAAGUCCUACAAGUACUAACUCUGUCAAGAGGCUUACGAUAAUAUAAUGUGAUAUUAUAUCUAGGUUACCAUAUUUUUAAUUUAAAAAUAAGUCAAUGUCAUAUAAAUAGACCAUAUUAAAAAUUAUUUUUGUACCCUCAAAUGAUAAUGAAGCAUUGCAUGACUUUAUCAAUAAUUAAAGCAUUCUUGUUUAUUUAUUUUAAGGCACCAGCUUUGUCACUAAGCGAGAUGGUCCGAGCUUUAAAUUUGACUGGUCAUGUAGGCUUUGAUAGUCUCCCUGACCAGCUUGUGAACAAGUCAGUCUCUCAAGGAUUUUGUUUUAACAUCUUGUGUGUUGGUAAGCUAAUCACAUUGCAAUUAUAUUAGAGAAGAAAUUUCCAUCCAUUUCUUAACCCUCCUGAUUUGGAGCCUUUUUUAAAAACUUAUAUUAGGGAAGAAAUUUCAUCUGUUUCUUAACUCUCUUAAGACUGAGCCUUUUUUUUUCACUUUAGGUGCAAGAAGAUGGAGCCCUUUUCACAAGCCCUGCAUUUACUUUGCAAAUAAAAUUAUAAAAAAAUAAAGCAACUGCUUAACAAAAAUAAAAUUUUGUACCGGGGUAUAUUAUUGUAGGAAAUAGAAUGAACUAAUAUGAUCUUUACGAAUCAAACUGAAAUCACAUUUAUGCAAAUGAGAUAUCGUGAUUUGCAUAAUUUAUUCAUGCACUUUUUUUUUUACACUUAGAAUAAACAUGUUUUACUUACAGAAUUUUGUUGAAGCCUAAAUAUGUCCUAAAAACAUUUGAAUGAGUUUUAAUAUGGAAAACUACAUAUAAUUCUAUGGCGGGGGAGGGGGGGGGGGCUUUAGCCUUUGGCAUACUCCAAGGUCAUAUAUUUUUUCAGUUAUAGAAGUCACUUGGUACAGAACACCAUAUACUAUCAACGGAAGCCGCCAUUAAUGAGGCCAGAUGAGCAAGAAAUGAUAUUAGCAAUCUGAUUAGCAUGUAUGAAGACCAGCCAGCUAAUCUUGAGGCUCACAUUAUUGGGCUGAUGGAUUGGGCAUUUGUCUUUUUCCCCAUUUGACUCUAGGGCCAGUAGAUCUGCCUAGUCAUCUCAAGAUGGUUAAGAAUAAGCUAAAAAUCCUAAAUUUGAACACACACACCACAUGCCACCCCCCAAUUAAUAAAGUAAAAAAGUCUGAAUUAAUUAUUUUCAGAAUAAUUAGGGACAUGGGUUUUUAUUGUCUACAUACUACAGAACUAAUAUAAUUGUUAAUAAAUAAUCUUCAAAAUAUUUUUUUAAAAACAUACAUAUUUUUAUAUAUUUUAAUUAUUUCCCAUUAUAAUUUUGAAGGAAAAUAUAAUGUAUUAUAAAAUGUAGGAAGUAAAAUUACAUUUUUGUAUUUGAAGUAUUAUUUUUGUAUUUUGUUUUAGCCAUCUGGAUUUAUAUUACAUUUAUUUAAAACUUAAAUCUGAUUAGGUGAGACUGGUAUUGGCAAAUCUACCAUGAUGGACACACUGUUCAAUACCAAUUUUGACUCAACCCCAAGCACACAUGACCUUCCUGGUGUAAAGCUGAAAGCCCAUACUUAUGGUAAGUUAUUAACAAAUUGAUUGUAUGAAGAACUGUAGAGAAAUAUCUUAUGUCUCAAGGAACUUGAAAGUGAUUAAUUCAGCUAAUUUUGCUAUUUGCCUUUAGAAGAGUGUUAGUAAAUAUUUUAUAAACAUUUUUUAAGUAACACAUAUUACUCGUGAAAAUGUUUCAUUUUUGUAUUUUUUUUUUUAUUUACUUGUAAAAUGUCUAUGGGCAAUGAUUUCAUUCAGUUUCAAUAAAUGUGGAAUUAAAAAAGACAUUUUGAUAAAUUAAUCAGCAAAAUUUCAAAAAUGCACCAACCAUAUCAAAGAUAUGGUCAGAAUAGAAAAAAAAUUCUCUUAAGGUUUCUCCGCCCCGCAAUUAGUUGGUCUACUUUAAUGAAAAAUUUUUUUAGUAUCGGAGAAUCUUUGUAGUAUUUAUGAUUUGGGCAGAAGGAAUACUCAGGUUUCAUUGUGACACAUUAAAGUAGAGUCUACUGUAAUUUACUUUUGGGGUGACUUAUUCUGAGCCCAUAAUUUCAUAAAUAUUACUUGAUAGUAAAUAAAUUCUUUUCACGUUAAGUUUCUCUUCUCAUCUAUGUUUUAAAAUUAUUAUUGUUAUUUGCAUUCCUAGGAGGUAUGUUAUUUGAUAAAUGCAAAAAAUAUGCUGAAAAUUCUCUCUUGUGCCAAGGGUAAUAAAUGUAAUCUCAUUAUGUAUCUAUAAUAAAAUACAGAUAAAUUAUUUUAACACUAAGUAUAAAGAUGAAACAUCUUUGAAUAUACAUUUUCACAGAUAUAUUUAAAUUUUGCAAUAAAGAAAAUAACUGAAAAGCCAUGAAAUAUCAUAUUUAAGUGGGUGGACAUUUUCAGAUCUCAAUGAGAGUAAUGUUCGCUUGAAAUUAACAAUUGUUGAUUCCAUUGCUUUUGGUGAUCAAAUCAAUAAGGACUCUAGGUAAGGCCAUCUCUGCCAUCAGCUUUUGGGAUAGUGGAGAGAUUGCAGAGAUUCUUUUUUUUUUUUUUUCUUUAAAUAAAAAAUUAAUUUUUAACCAAAUGAAACUUAUAAUUGUUCAUUUACAUUUAUUAUCUAUAAUACUAUCAGGAUUUUCAUCAUGCUCUUUAACAUCAUUUGGGUUAUGGAAACUCUUUUGAGUUGUCUUUUUCUUCUAAUUAUGGAAAUAUUAAAUUCUAUACAAAUCUAAUCAAAUCAUACUAAAUUGUUUUUACAGUCAUAAAUGUUUAAAAUAUCUCCAGGCUUAAGCACUGGCACAUUUUAUAAGUGUAAAAAAUUUCUGCAGUCUAGCCCAUGUUUUAUACCCAGGAAAUUUGGCUUAUUAUUGUUAGAAUGCAUAACACAUAUUUUUUAUUUUAUUGACAUUCAACUGGCAAAUUUUAUGUGUGUGUGAGUAUGUAAAAAAAAAAUAUAUAUAUAUAUAUGUAUUGGAGUAUAUAGUGGGUUUUUGACAAUAUUCCGUAAGUCCAAACUUAUUAUAUAAUAAAAUUUGCCAGUUAUUUAAACAUGUAUAUAAUGCUUUCUGUUUUGAAUGAAUAUGUAAAAACUCUCCCACAAUUUCUACCAUCUCACCCAACGAUGCACUGCUCACCUCUUUGCCUCAUCUAUCUCCUCCUCUUGGCCCUUCUGCCAUGUUUCAGAGCUGCGGGAAAAGAAUGUGCUUUUAAAGCUGACCUUGGUGGAUUCUGUUGGGUUUGGGGAUCAGAUUAACAAAGAUGAUAGGUGAGGUCAAAAGAGUAGAACUCAUUAGUUGUUGUCAUCCAUUGUGCUUGCAUUGCAUAAAUUAAAUAAAGUGAAGAAAUUAUUUGUUAAAAGAAAUUCCAGUCAUGUCAAAUCUCCAUUAUUAGUAUAGUCAUUUGCACUUUUAGUCCCCUAAAACCUGAAAACACAAAGUUGUAUUAGUUGCAAGGAAAUUUUUGUUAAAUAAUUUUUUCUUAAAAAUAAAAUUCUUUUCAUUUGUGCCUGACAUUCUAACAAGUUUACUAUUUGAAUAUUGAAGUUAUCAACAAGCCUUUUUUUCCUUCAAUUAAUACAUAAUUAAUACCCAUGUAACAUUUGAUCUACAGAUAUGUAUGCACAAUAAAUAAAGACUAUUAAUUGUCUGCUUGCUGAAUAAUGCUGCCUUACGUUGUAAAACUAGGAAUGCCAAAACAUAAAAAAAUAUAUUAGAUUUAAGAAAAUGCAACAAAUUUUAACACAUGCUUUUUACAAAAUAACUUUGCUAACAUCAAUAUUAAUAGCAUGCUUAUAGCUUUGUUUUUUUUCUCUUGAAAAAAUAAAAAUAUAGACAAUUUUGACAAGUGUAAUUUUUUUGCAUAUAUUUUUAAUGGGUUUAAUAGCAUCCAAUUGGCAACCUGUUUGGCACUCACAACUACUAUCGUUCUCUAAUUACUAAUAAAAAUAAAUACAAUAAAAUGUAUAUGUUGAAACAAAAUUCAAAAUGGCUGGAAAAAAAAUCAACAAUUUAAAAAAAUGUGUGUGUAAAAUAUUGCUAGUUCUUUAAACUCUCUUCGAGCCAUUUCAUCAAAUGGCCCCUUACAGAACUAAUAUGAAUCAAUGGUUUAUGCAAUAAACCCAUGUUCUUAUUUCUUAUGUUAUAUAUUGAAGAAGUUCUAGCCUUAACCUUCACAAUGCUCAGGACAAAGUUGGCUUGAACAAUCAUAUUGCCACCUUCAUGAAAUGGCGAUUUAUAAAUAAUAAAACAAAUGCAUUAAUAUUUCAUUUCUUGAUCUUAUUACUGUUUAUAUGAAGCUGUAUUUUAUAAUUGUAUUUGAAUCUAAAUGAGCUUUGUAAAAUUGUGUUGUUGUUUUUUUUAAAUAAUAAAUAUGUCUUCCUAAGUUAUGAUACCUUCUAAUAUUGUGAUGCAAAUGGGUUUUGGGGUGUAAGUAAAAAAUUAUAAGACUUGGGUGGGAGACAGGUGUAAGUAAAACAUUAUUAGAUCGGGGGGGAAUUAAGUAAAAAAAAAAAUUAUUAGACUUGGUUGGGAGACAAGAAGGCAGGUUUUAAGAGCUAGGAUUUAGUAGAAUUGAAGGUAGAGUAGUGUAAGUUGUGUAAAGGAUUGUCUGGUAAUUUUGACUGCUAUAUGUGUUAUAAAAGGCUUCGGAUAAACCAAAAUGAAUGAAAUGUUUAGGUAAUGUUGAUCAAUUGAUGUAUGCCUUCAGAUAAUUAUAAUAAUCUCCAUUACAAAAGAAAAACAAAUCUUUUAAAAUUUAAAAGUGAUAUCAUUUAUUAAUGAGCAGGGGUUAUUCAAGUACACAAUUUGAUGAUAAAAACAUUUUAAACAUUUUAAUGUGAGUCUUCUUGCUGAAUAGUGUUAAGUGUUAGAUAUGUCUGUAUUUCUACCAUUCCAUCUGAUAGUUCUACCAAUAUGGCAGUAAAUAUGUCUACCUUCCUGUCGAUAUGUGUGUCUACCACAACAUUAUGUUUCCCCAGCUGGAAGCCAAUUGUUGAUUACAUUGAUGCUCAGUUUGAUGCCUACCUACAUGAGGAGCUGAAGAUAAAACGAAUGCUGCACACUUACCAUGAUACCAGAGUCCAUGCCUGCCUUUACUUCAUUGCCCCUACCGGACACUCGUAAGUGCAAAGGAAAAUUGUAUAAUGUCUGCAGUGUGACGCUAGAAAGGAAUAAACAAAGGAAAAUGUGUAUUAUGUGCCACUAGAAAGGAAUUACAAAAAUAAUAGAUAGUUGAGUUAUGUACUGUAUUAUGUUUAAUGUGGAAAUAAUAACUUUGAUUGAUUCUAAAUAUGCAAUUAAUGAAGGAUAGGGUAGCUUUAUUUUGUGUGGACAGAGGAGUAAUGUAUCUGUACAUAGGCGCUGAUACCAGACUAGAUUUAUCUUUCAUAAAUAUUACUAGUUUUAUUGAUCAAAAUGGGAAACUGCAGUUAUUUUUUAAAGUACAAAAAAAGAUCAAAGAGAAGUGUUUUAUAUUUGUUAUAAAAAUGGAAAAUGUCAUUCACUAUGUUAAGCCACUAAAGCUUAAUUUGGUAGUUAUCUAUAAAUAACAAUUUGAAGUUUACUGUCAUUCAUGUACUAUAGUGUAAUACAUUAUAUAUGUUUUUUUGGGGUGCUUAUGUUGUGCUGUAAGAUGGUUUUCUAAAGGUUAGCCAUAUCAUGAUAUUUUUUGUAAAUAUUAGAAAUAUCUAUUUACUUUGCAGAUUGAAAGCCCUGGACCUUGUCACUAUGAAGAAACUUGAUACAAAGGUCAACAUCAUUCCUGUCAUUGCCAAGGCAGACACAAUCACCAAGACAGAGUUGACUAAAUUUAAAGCCAAGGUAAAUAAGGGGAUAUCGGAUUUUGUGUGGCGUAACUAGGUUAAGAGUUGUCCCUUUUAAAUAAUAGGAUGUUUGAUGUAUCAAAUUCCUUUUUUAACCUCAUAAGACAAGUAAACUAGUUUUUGUUAGGGACUGUGAAAUAUUGAAUAGAUUGUAUUUAACUCAUUCCCGACGUUUGCGACUAAAUGCGUCUUUUACGGGUUCCGCCGAAUGCGUCCAAAUGCGUCCCGGCGCAUAGCGACACACCUCUCUCAUAUCUAUUUAAAAAUAGCAAUGAAAUCUCGCAUCCCUCGAGACUUCCGGCGAUGGCGUGGUUCAGCGUGAUUUUAAUUUAAAAACCGGAAGUUUUUAUCUUGUUUCGCUUUAAAACUUCGUGAGCUUUAGUACGGCGCGUCUAUAUGUAGCAUGUGUUCGUCCGAGGUGCCGAAAAUCGAUUUUUUGGUCAUUGUUCAUUAUUUUUUCCCCGCUAAUGUUAUAUUUAUAUUAAACCUUAUUCAUUUUUUGUUGCAUUUGUUCUUAAUUCAUUAAAAUUAAAUAAUAUUUAGUAGCUUAAAUAAAUAUUUAAAAAAUGUAAACAAUUUCAAAACGGGGUUACUUCCCUUUCUCAGGCAAAUAAAUUAAAUACGGAAGUAGCAUUGCAGGGGGGAAUGAGUUAAAGUAGUCUAGAAUUUCUACAAGCUUAACAUGCUAUUCAGGUAAAUAUGUAUUAAAAAUUAACAAAAUAACUAUUUCAGCUGAUGUCUGAACUUGUGUCCAAUGGAGUGCACAUCUAUCAGUUCCCCACUGAUGAUGAGACGGUGGCAGAUACCAAUGGAGCAAUGAAUGUAAGAUAUUGAUUUGUUUUGAGGACAAGGGAUAGAGUGGAGAAGGCAUGAAAGACUUUUUGGGCAGUGUGUUGGGGAAGGUUCCCCAAAUGAAUGGGAGAGAUAGAAAAAAAGGGGGUUGGGAGAGAUAGAGAAAAGGGGGUUGGGAGCGAUAGAAAAAAAGGGGGUGGGGGAGUUGAAGUGAUGGUGAAUGAUAAGGUAUGAUAAAGAAAGAUGAAGUAGUAAGUAGGACAGAUAGUGGGUGAGAAUGGAAAUUAAGUUGUAACAGGUUAGUAAAUUUAGUCAAAGAGCAAUAAGGACCAAUGAUGUUUAUUGAGUUGAAGAGCCAUAAGUACUUACGAUAUGUAUGGAGUUGAAAAUCCAUAAAUACUUGUGAUAUGUAUUGAGUCGAAGAGCCAUAAGUGCCAAUGAUAUGUAAUGAGUCGAAGAGCCAUCAGUAACAAUGAUAUGUUGACAAUUUAAGCUUUCAACAGCACAUUUAAUAAAAUUAUUAAUAAACAACCAAAUAGAUUUGAGAGCCUUAUCCUGACUAAUACUAUUUCCUCCAGCAACAUCUUCCAUUUGCUGUGGUUGGUAGCAAUGAUGAAGUGAAGAUUGGCAACAAGCUGGUCAAGGCCAGGCAGUAUCCAUGGGGCACUGUCCAAGGUAAAUGCUAGUCAGUGACAUAAAGAAAUACAAAGGAAUAAUCCAGACGUAUAGUAUUAGACUAAUCAAUUUGUGCUAUAAGAUAUUCCUUGAGAGCAAAAUAUCCCUUAAUACCCAUGGACAUCAAUGUCUCAAUUAUCUUAUAUCAAGAAAGCAACUUGUGAAUAAACAAAAAACAAAAGCUUGAGAUGUAAUCAUUUUUAAUUAAAAAAUUUUUUUUUUAAACAGCUUUCCUGGAAUAUAAAUAUUUCAUUAAAAAAAGUCGUUUUAGCCUUUUGUAUAGCACACUGUGAAUACUAAACCUGGAGUGUCAUAUCUAAUUUUGUGUGUACCUUCAAUAAGCUAGUGCAGUCUUCUGAUAAGACAAACAAUCAUUUUUAUAUAUGAAGGAUGCGCAAUUUAAAUCUUAUUGUGUCUCACAUAUAACUCUUAAAUAGCUCAGUUAUGUUAGUUUUAGAUGUUUAAUAUACAUGUAAGGAAGAGGACAAACAAUUUUUUUUUUUUUUUAACCCUAAUAUAAAAGUUAUGUGAAGGACUUGUUUUCUAAAGUAGGUUUUUAAAAAAUAAACCUAGGCUUUCAUUGACUUUUUAAACUUCUCAACACAGUUGAGAAUGAAAAUCAUUGUGACUUUGUGAAGCUGAGGGAGAUGCUGAUAAGAACGAACAUGGAAGAUCUAAGGGAGGUCACCCACUCCAGGCAUUUUGAACUAUAUAGGCGACACAAACUGGAAGAAAUGGGCUUUUCUGAUUCUGAAUCUAAAAGGUAAAAGAGCUGGUCAAUAAAAUAACAUAUAGUUAAUCCAUUUAAUACGUUUCGCCGCAGUGUGCGUCACUGCGAUUUCGGCAGAGUACGUUUAGCCACUCUCUGUGUCACCACUGGUUUGUUUCAUUUUAUUAGUAUUCCAACUUUUCCAUUCAACUAUUUUUUUAUAUAGCUUAUCAAACUUUUAUUCAGAAGAGUUCCACAUCCUUUUUGUUGAAUUUCAAACUGAUUAACCCACAUUUUGUGUAUUUUGUGCUAGUUUUUUUCCCUUAAAAAUUUGUAAACAAAAAAUAGCUGAUUGAAAUGGCUGCAUCGAAUAACACUGCCAGUUCUAGUUGAUCAGGAUUUUGAUCUAUGACUGCCAAUGAGGCAAGUAAAUUGAUUUGCUUGGAUGAUUCAAGUUCAAAUGAGGAUAAAUCUGACGACAGUGAUAGUGAUUACGAAAAUUUAUUAUUUGAGGAAACUAGUGAUGAGGAAUAUAUUCCGACUACAAAGAGACAAAAAUUAUCCAUUGGAAAAGGGAAAGGAAAAAAACACCAACUUGGCCUAGUUCAAGUUCUACUAAUUCUGUGGCUUCAAUUUCAAAGCAUAAUUCAUCUUCUUCUAAAACAAGUCAAUCUACUUGUUCAAAUUAUUUCCCUACAGAGACAGAGUGGUCCGAAGUCCUAACAGGACAAACUGAAAACAAUUUCCGAUUUCAUCCCCUUAGAAAUCCUGGAGUUUGCCCUAAGCUUCAAAACACUGUAAACCCUACACCUAUUAACUUUUACAAUGAACUAUUUGAUGAUAAUGUUAAAGAUUACAUUGUUGAAUCUAUAAAUGCCUAUGCUAAAAUAAAAGUUCACAUGAACACACCUGCACUUAGACGCUCUGUCUUUAGUCGAUGGGUGGACAUAUCAAGGCAGGGGCUAGACAAAUUUAUUGCUGUUCUCAUCUACAUGGGGAUGUAUAAAAGGCCAGCUAUUUCUGAUUAUUGGUCUAUGUCUGCUGAAUCCUAUAUUCCAUGGAUACACCAUGUAUUCAACAGACAGAGAUUUCUGGACAUCUAUCACUCCAUGCUACACUGUGGCGAUGAAAAUUCCGAAGGGAAAGAUAAAAUUAAACCAUUUAUGAACUUACUCUUGAAUAAGUUUAGAAAUGCAUUCUACCCUUUUCAGGAACUUAGCAUAGAUGAAAUGGUAAUAGGCUUCAAGGGCAGAUGGCAAUUCAAACAAUAUAAUGCCGCUAAGCCUAGCAAAUAUCAUAUAAAGACAUUUGGCCUGGUGAUUCCUCAACAGGUUAUGUUGUUGAUAUUUUGACCCAUUUUGGGGCUAAUACCUCCUAUAUCCCAGAAAUAGAUAAAGAUGGAGGACAGGCUGUAGUUUUUCAUUCUUUACUGCAGCAUGUGGGUACUGGACACAAAAUUUUUGCUGACAGAUAUUAUACGAAAAGAAAACUUGUUGACUACCUUCUUGCCAAAAAACAAUACUACACAGGAACACUGAAUAUCAACCACAUUGGAUUUCCACUAGACCAGGGGUCUCCAAACUUUUCAGCCCGAGGGCAGCAUUAAUUAUCAAACAGCAGUUCAGGGGCCUGCUACACAGUCGAGGUCCAAAUAAAUAAGAAUCAAAACAUGGAUGUUGUUUUGAAUUAUUUAUUUAAUAAAAUUUUAUUCAGUUAUUAUUUAAUAACACAUUGAUGCACCACACAUGAACGCGCCUCUAUUUCAAUUCAGUAAAAACAUAGCGUGCACGAAAGCGGUGGCUUAUCUUGGCAGGAUACACGUUAAAUUCCGUAUCUUUUUCCGUAGACAAAAAAGGUCGCCGCGGGCCGUGGUUUGGAGACCCCUGCACUAGACAUAAAAUCUUUAUCUUUACAACAAAAAAAGAUGAAGUGGUAUAUAAACCAAAACAAGAGCAUGCUCUCUGUUGCUUUCAGGGAUAAAAAGGCAAAGAAAAAUGUCAUAAUGGUGUCCACAGAUGCUAGGGUACAAGUUACCGAGAAACAAAAAAAAUUGAUAAACCGGAAAUGAUAGACAUUUAUAAUCACAAAAUGAAUGGCUGUGAUAAGCUAGACCAAAAAGUAACAUAUUUAACAUAUGACUGUGUUUAUGAGCGAAAAACAUUGAAAUGGUGGAAAAAUAUUUUUUUCUGGCUGUUGGAAAUCACCCAGGUGAACUCAUACAUUUUGUUUUUACUCUGCCAAUCAGCAGAUGUAAACAGAGUCAAAAUGAGUCUAAAACAGUAUAAACUUUUGUUGAUGCGUCAGCUUACUGAGGAAGUAGCAUUAAAUCAAGAAGUAAAAGCACCAGGAAAUGGUCCAGAGACCGGAUGCCUCGAAAAGUCUAAUGAUGCACAGCACAUUGUGGAUUAUGAUGAACGGGAUCGAUCUUGCGCAUAUUGCUCAACUGCAACAAAGCGAGUACACACACAUAUCUAUUGCACUGGUUGUGAAGCCAAACCCCAUCUCCAUCCGAAAGGAUGCUUCAAGGCCUUUCAUUUAAAAUAAUAGCUUCAUUUGUGUAUAUAUUUAGUAAAUAUGUGAAAUAUGUGUAAAUAUUUGAGUAUAACUAUUUUUAUUGUUGAAUUUUUGAAAACAAAAUUUUAACACGUGUCUUGGGAAAGAAAUUCAUAACUUUACAAUUUCUGGAGCUACUGCAAUGAAACUUUCCAGUUGUUUUGGAUAUAUCAUAAGACUCAUUUAAAAAAAAUAUGAACUUGAUUGGAUUAUUGUUACCUGAUUUCUGAGCUGGUGAGUAAAGCACACAAAAAUAAUUUUUGGCAUAGACCUGCAAUAAUACCCCCAAAAAUUUUCUUUGGGUAAUUUUUUAACUCUUUUUUAUAUUAGAAACAUAUUCCUUUCUCAAUUACCUACAUUUGGAUAUGCAGCAUGAUAUCAUUUUGAUAAAUAGCAAAACUAAGCUUUUCAGUUUAAAAUCAUUAGGUCAAAUAGAAUUUUAGUACCAAAAGUUUACUGCGUUCCCUUAAAAAAUUGUGACGUAUUGAAUGGGUUAAUAAUUUUACCCGUAACAUUGAAAAAAUUAUAUGUACCGAUAUUCACUUUGGUUCAUGUUCAUGAUAAACAUUGCAUCUGAAAAUAUAAACCUUAAAAAUACUAUUAACAAUGGUGAUUUUUUAAUGACAUUUCUGUGGGAAAGGGUUAAUUUUAUUCAAAAAGUUUUUCAUGACUUCGAAGUCAUCAAAAUUAAAAAUUCAAAUAAUUUUUUAUUGAACUUGAGUUUUUUUUUGUGUUUUUUUUUCUUCCAGUCUUUCAGAGACCUAUGAGCAGAAACGUCAGGAACACAUCACAAUGCUUCAGAAGAAGGAAGAUGAAAUGAGACAAAUGUUUGUCAUCAGAGUCAAGGAAAAGGAAGCUGAGCUGAAAGAAGCUGAGAAAGAGGUGCAACAUUUAACAUAACAAAUCUUAAACUCUGUUCAGUGACAUAGAUGAUCAAAUUAUUUCUUAGUUAAAUAUUGGUCCAUAACUAAGUGUAUUUAACAGUUUAGCGUACACAAAUUCAUGAGAGUCGUUGCAGGUAUUAAUGAUAUGUUUUACUUCAUUCCAGCUUCACAAUCGAUUUGAUGCUCUCAAAAAACAACACACUGAAGAGAAACGCAAACUUGAAGAAAGUAAGAAGAGACUUGACGAUGAGAUGAACCUGUUCUCCCAACAAAAGGCUCAGGUGCAGGCUCAUACCUCCACUAUGGGGAAAAAGAAGAAAUAGUGGCCUUGGUGUUGAUAAAAAUGCAAUAAUCACUAGUUUAAAAAUUAAAGGCUCCCAUAAAAUUUGGAUAUCAUUUUCAUUUCACAUGUUAUUUCAUGCAUAUUUAUUAUAUCUCACCUUGAACGAUAUUGUCAAAUUUAAAUUACAAUGUAACAUUUUGAAUUCCUGUAUAAGCUUAAAGGGACCAUUUUUUUCAAAUUUUUUAUAUGGAAAUCAUUUUAGCAUAAUUAACAUGAGAGAAUUUUGACUAAUGUGAGCUUUAUACUCUAUAACCUCUUUGCAAAUUUAAAUAAUGAAUAUUCAGCAUGUUAGAAUGAAGAAAAUUAAUAACACAAAGGUAUAAAUGGAAUUAUGAAAUUUUGUUUUUUAAAAUUCUUUUAUGUAAUUAAAACGGUGCUCAUGUUCAGAAACUGAACCAAUUCAUUUCAUAAUAUAAAGCUGUUUAAAUGUGUCUCAUGUCCAGAGCAAAGACAUGCAUGCCUGGCCUUCAACAAGGAAUUGAUCAAUAUAUUCUUGCCUUUGCUUCUUUUUAAACUUACUCAUGAGUUGUUACUAUGAGGUUAUAUGAUUACUUUUAAUUGCGGAAUAUAGAGGAAAUAUUUUGUUAAAUUUUUUUUUAAAUAUACCAAAAAACCUGAGAUGCAUAAAAAAUAAUUACCUCAGCCAUAAGAAAAGUUUUGGUCCCUACCUUUUUGUUAAAAAAUAGUUUAUUUUAAUUUGACAUUCUGCUCAUCAUGAAAUCAUCAAAUGAAUGUCUGGUAUUUGAGCGAGCCCAUUAAACUCUUGGUAUGAAUUCAUCUCACUGAAUGAGCACAAUCAUUAAGCUCCCUACUACUAUCUGGAAAUAUUAUGUUUCAAUUCAGAUUAUAUUGCCUCGUCAUGCCAUGUCCAAUGUCUAUUCACAUUGUCCAUUAUUUCCUUUUUGUAUGUUGAAAUUUCAUCAAUGGUAGCCCGAGUUAUGGUUACACACAGCUUGAAGUUGUUGAUCAAAAUUUUUCGGCUUUAGUGAAAUACAGAAAAAUACCUAUUUGAUUUUUUUUCAGCAGUGCACAUGAUUUAGAAUAAAGUCUUAAGCUUAGCCCUACAGUAAUCUAACUUAUUUUUAAUUUUGUUCAGAUGUGCUAAUGCCAAGUGACAAGCGAAUCUAAUCCAUUUUUGUGUGCAAUAUGUCAGGCAUUUUAAACGGCAACAAAAUUACCCGACGCAAUAAUCAAUGAUAAUUGUUGGCUUUUUCUCUUUCAGGAAAGUAUUAUUUUAUGUCUGUAUCUAUCCCUUUAAUCACGUGUGUAUUUUGUUUAGUCUUUGAUACUUGACAUUUUAUCACUUGGUAUUCAACAGAGGAUAUCGAAAUCUUGGUAUAUGUAAAAGAAAAAAUGUGUAAUCGAUAUCACUGAAUAAAUACUAUAUGUGUGUCAUUGUUGCCCAGCUUGUGUUCACAAUUAAAUAAUGUAUCGAUAGGAUGUUUAGAGAAAGUCUGACUCAAUUGCUGAGUGAUUAUAAAAUUAUACUUUCUUAACAUGAAAAUAAUUCAUAGUUAGCCCUUCAAAAUAAUUUUUUUAAUGAAUUAUAUUCUUCCUUGUGGCAUUUCUUCAACUAAAAUAUGCUGUUCAAAUAAGUCCGUUAAAAAUGUAUAAUGUGCUCUGAAAAUAGUAUUUAAAUACUUUAUGUUAGGUAACAGUGCUAAAAUUAUUGAAUAUAGGAGGAGUAUUAUAAGUACUCUGGUAAUUUAAUCUUGUACUAAGUAACUGAUAAAAAUCUGAUCAAAGAUAACUUAACAAUGAAACCAAAGCCAUUUCUGUUUAUUUGGUUUAAAUCUUUAUAAAGUAAGUUUUGUUUUGCAUGAUAUGUGCGAAUAAAAUUGACAUGUUAUCUGUAUUGCUAUAACCUUACUGCCACAUUCGCUGUUCAUCUAUGUUUGCAUGCCAUCCAUAUUUUAUAGUCACUGUUUUUUUGUUUUUUAUUUUUUUCACUUUUAGCAUGAAACAUCCAAUAAAAUGCCAAAAUUUGAUUUUGAUUUUUUAAAAAUUGUGUUUUUUAAAUGCAGUUUUCCUUUUAUUGGAAAACUGAUUUUUCACUAGCUCUUUAGUUUUGACAUUUGGAAUCUGCAAAACCAAAAUUUACUUUCAAUAUUAUUUGACAUGAUGAGAUCUUAAAUCUAAAAUUCAGAAUCAGUCGGUUGUUCUUGAUGUAAUCUGCAUGCUAAUAAUAAUAAAAUCAUGUUAGAAAGUUGUCUGUUCUUCAGUUUAUUUUGAUUUGAAGCAUUUUUCAACUUUUUACUUAGUUAUAUUUUUACUUUAAUUAUUAGUUUUUACUUUUUAAAAAAAAACUGCAUUGGCAGUGAUAUGAUACACAUAUUUCAAUAGCUGUAGAAAGUUA